AUGAUUUCCUUGCAGCCCCCUUCGGAUCUUGAGUUGCAGCAAGUUCCUGGUGCAACUUUCCCACCGGUGCGUGCUGCUAGUGGUGCACAUGUGCCUAGCAGCAGCAACUUGACUCCCCCUAUAAUACCCAAUGAAGCUCUUCAUCUGCCCAGCAACUCAGCUCCUCCUAAUCUGGUGACUCAGCAACUUAGCAACUCAGCAGCAACGGUGCUCCCGACUGAAUCUGGUGGUGUGACAGUUCCCACGGCUGAGACAGCCGCAGAUGGAGUUGAUGUUGAGGAUGGUGUUGAGGUUUUAUUCACUCCGCAGGAGCCUUUUGUAGGCAUGUCUUUCAAUACUUCUGAUGCUGCUAAAGACUACGACAAUUCCUGUGCCCGUCAUACAAGUUUCUCUAUAAGGAUCGACACAUCCCGUGAGUCGAAGAAGGCCAAUGAAAAAACAAAGUAUAUCUAUAUCUGCCAGAAGGUUGGGGCCAACAAAAAAGAGAAGGUUGCUGAUGAUGGACCAAUAACUGAGAAAAAGAUUGUGAGGCAAAGGCGCAAGGAUUAUGUGGAUAGGACGCACUUCCUAGCUCUCAUGAUUGUGAGGAAGACGUCCCCUGGACACUGGGAGGUUGUGCACUUUGAAAGGGAGCACAACCAUGAGAGUUUAAGGAAAUUCUCGCUCACAAAAUACUUGAAGUCCCACAGAGACAUACCAGCUGAAGAGAAAGAGUUCAUCAAGUUGCUCCAUGAAUGCUGCAUUACGACAACUUGUGCUUACCAGAUAAUGGCUGAGUUGUAUGGAGGUAUUGAAAACUGUCCAUACAUAGAAGGUGAUGCUAAAAAUUUGCGUGUUGAGUACCGCACUGAAUAUAGAGGCAAAGAUGUGAAGGCGACGCUUGAGUACUUUGAGGAAUUGAAGAAGGAAGAUCCAGAAUUCUAUUAUAGUUACACUCUUGAUGAGUUUGACAGGGUUGAGAAUCUGUUUUGGGUGGAUGGUGCAGCAAGGAGAUCUUAUGAGCUGUAUAGUGAUUGUUUGUCUUUUGACACUACUUAUUUGACCAAUGCCUACAACGUGCCAUGUGCUCCUUUCAUAGGGAUUGAUAGAAAUGGCAUAACAAUACAACUGGGUUGCAGCUUCCUGAGGAAUGAGAAGACUGAGGGUUUUGUCUAG